AUGGCCGUGCCAUCGGUGCCUGAAGCGGCAGAAUCAGACCCACGUCUUACUGACGGUGCCACGUUGACAUGGCAUUCCGCCGAAGUCUUCGUGGAAGACCCCUCUUUGGGUUGGAGAAACGGCACCAAGGUGAUAUCCAAGUGGAGGGCCUUGCCGCACGGAUGGCGCUUCCAACUUGUAAUAUGGCCAAACGGCUCUGGUCCAGAGGACGAGGGGUUUGUCAGCGCCAUGUUUUGUCUUUCCAACCACCUAAUGCAAGGGAAGGAGUCGAUCAUUCCGGAUCUGCAGCAGGUGAGAUGGCUUACCAAGGACAACGCUACAUUGGCAAGCACGACGCAACGGUUUGUGAAGUCCAACUCAUCCAAAUCUGAGCUACAGGUAUGCUGUGGUGGGCGAGCAUUGGUUAGUCAUACCACGAUCCGACAAAAGAAGUGGGUCGCUGGUGGCAAGCUUCGCAUUGUAGGCGAGGCAGCCUUCCUGUCAGUGAACUUCCCGUCCCCAGAUGUGCCAGCGGAGCUUUUGUCCAAGGAGCCAGAAUUCGUCACGUUCCUUUUAGCCGACGGAUCGAAACUUCAUUUUGACAAGCGGCUAGUGGUCGAGCGGUCGAAGCAUUUCGCGAGCAUGCUGUCAUCAGAAACAUGGGUCGAGGGUCGCACCAAUGUCAUCGACUUGCGGAGCAACGAGCAGGCGGAUGUGGCCAGCAUGCAGGCAGUUCUGUGCCUUUUCAUGUCGCAGCACUUUCACGCUGCUUGCAACGACGAGCUCGCAUUUUCCGUCCGGAAGCUUGCAGAUCAGUUUUGCCUAGAUGACCUGGUCCAGGAGGUGGAAACCGAGCUCCUGCCAAGAGUUAGCAAGGACAACGUUCUUCAGUUUCUGGGCAAAGUCCUCGGCAGCGGGGGCGUCUUAGAAGCCCGGUGCCUGGAGAUGGUGAAGGCAAACGCGUGCGAGCUCCUCGAGAAACAGGGAUCCGUCUUGGACGAAAUCGUCGAUGACAACCCGGCCCUGACGAAGUUCCUGAUGCGAGUCCUGCUGAACGCGGCUAGAGCUGCGAAGUCGUGA